CUAAUUUAAAAAUACAUUUCAAACGGUGAUACCUUUCUGUUAGAGGACGUUUAUUAUAAAUAUAUCGAUUUAUACCAUUUGAAGUAUUUAUAAAGAAAACGAUAAAAAAAAAAAAAAAUUGACGAGACACUGCAUAUUAUAUUCAAAGCAUACAUGUAUAAUAUUUAAGUAUGCAUGGACGUUAGUAUGACUCACAAGAUAAUGUCAUUUGUCUACGAUGCAGCGACUAUGAUUUUAUAAGCGUUCUAGUAUCGGUAUAAACUCAAAAAGGAUUAAACAUGAACGUGUAUGAUUUACGUGACGGGCCUCCUUUAUUGCAAGCAAUAUUUCAUGGAGAUGUAGAAGAGGUUCGUGCAUUAUUAUCAAGACAAGAGGAUAUUAAUUGGCUAGAUCAUGAACAACGUUCUCUUUUGCAUGCAGCAGCGUAUACUGGAGAUGAAAAUAUUAUAGAAACUUUAUUAUUAAAUGGCGCAUCAGUCAAUAUUAAGGAUAAAAAAUGGUUAACACCAUUACACAGAGCUUGCUGUUCAAGCAAACCUUCUGUAGUAAAUGUAUUGUUAAGGUAUAAAGCAGAUGUAAACAAUAGAGAUCGAAGUUGGCAAACACCUUUACAUGUUGCAGCUGCAAAUAAUGCUGUAGAAUGCGUAGAACUUAUGAUUCCUUAUGUGUUAAAUAUAAAUGUAACAGACAGGGGUGGAAGAACAAGCCUACAUCAUGCUGCUUAUAAUGGUCAUUUAGAAAUGGUAGAAUGUUUAACUCAAGCUUGUUGCGUAGUAAAUGCAGCUGAUAAAAAAGACAGAAGAGCUUUGCAUUUUGCAGCAUAUAUGGGUUAUGAUAAAAUUGUCAAAUUACUAAUUGAAAAGGGAGCUGAUGUAGAUGUUAAAGAUCGCGAUUUAUAUACUCCAUUACACGCAGCUGCUGCAUCUGGGAACGUUGAAUGCAUGCAUGCUUUAAUUAAAGGUGGUGCAGAUAUAGAAUCCAAAAAUGUAUAUGGCAAUACACCUUUGCAUAUUGCUUGUUUGAAUGGACAUGUAGAUGCAGUUUCAGAGCUCAUUGCCAAUGGUGUUAAUAUUGAAACUAUAAAUUACCAAGGUCAAACACCACUUCAUAUUGCUGCUGCUAGUACACAUGGUGUUCACUGCUUAGAAAUGUUACUUCAUGCAGGAUUAAGAAUAAAUGUUCAGUCUGCAGAUGGACGCACACCAUUACACAUGACUGCGAUUCAUGGAAGAUUUACUCGUUCAAAAAGUUUACUAGAUGCAGGUGCUAUACCUGAUAUAAAUGACAAAAAUGGAAAUACUGCCUUACACAUUGCUGCUUGGUUUGGUCACGAGUGCUUAACCACAACAUUACUUGAAUAUGGAGCAUCACCUGCAGCCCGUAACACAACUCAACGUACUCCUCUACAUCUCAGUUGUUUAGCGGGUCACAUAGAAGUAUGCAGAAAAUUAUUGCAAGUUGAUAGUCAACUUAUAGACUCAAAGGAUUUAGGAGGUAGAACACCGCUGCAUUUGGCAGCAUUAAAGGGUUCUGUAGUUUGUCUGGACUUAUUGUUAUCUAGUGGAGCUAAUUUUAGAUUAACCGAUAACGAAAAUAAGUUAGCUUUACAUUUAGCAGCUGGUCAAGGUCACUACUAUUGUGUUUUUACUUUGGUUGGAUUUGGUAGUGAUUCUAAUGCCCAAGAUGUGAAUGGUGCUACUCCUCUUCAUUUAGCUGCAGCAGCAACAAAUUGUUCGGCAAAUUCUUGUGCACAGUGCGUACAAUACUUAUUAAAGCAUAGAGCAGAUCCGCAAGUAGGUGAUAGACGUGGAUUUACAGCUAUACAUUAUGCAGUAUCUGCUGGUAAUCAAUCAGCAUUAGAAUCAUUGUUACAAGCUACACUACCAGGUUCAAUUACUGCCAAAAAGGAAUCACAAUUACCAUUACUCACACCAUUACAUCUUGCGGCAUAUCAUGGUCAUAGCGAAAUAUUGAGGUUAUUAUUACCUUUAUUUCCAAAUACUAAUAUCAAAGAAGGUAGUGGUAAAACACCAUUAGAUUUAGCAUCUUAUAAAGGUCAUGAAAAAUGUGUUCAGAUGUUAUUAAAUUGUGGUGCUUCGGUUUCAGUUGAAGAUUCUAUUACUAAACGUACGCCAGUACACUGUGCAGCAGCUACAGGUCAUAUUAAAUGUUUACAACUUUUAUUGGAAAGAACAGAAGAUAUAAAUGUAAUAAAUCGUUACGAUGCAAAACGUCGCACAGCUUUAACAUUAGCUGUAGCUAAUAGUAGAACAGAAUGUGCAAGUUUACUUUUGAAAUACAAUGCAGAUUGCAAUUUACCCGAUAUGAAUAAACAUACACCAUUAUUUCGGGCAGUAGUCAAUGCGAGAGAUCAUGAAUUAGUAGAUUUAUUGUUAUCACAUGGGGCUCGUGUUGCUAUACAGGAUACAAAUGGAAAAACACCAUUGCAUUUAGCUGCUGCAUGUGGAAGAUUGAAAGCUUUAGCUGCAUUAAUUAACGCUGAUCCAAUGGCAGCGACGUUAAAAGACGAUCAAGGUUGCAUAGUACUUCAUUGGGCUUGUUACAAUGGAAAUUCUAAUUGUGUAGAAUAUCUCUUAGAACAAAAUGUUAUUGAUUCUUUAGAGGGUAAUCCUUUCUCUGCUGUUCAUUGUGCUGCUUAUCAAAAUUCAGCGCAUUGCUUGGAUUUGUUAAUAAAUAAAUUUGGUGGACAGACAGUUGCAGCUCUAAGAGAUGCUCAAGCUGGUCGACUUCCUUUACACGUCGCUACUAGCGCGGGGUCGGUUGAAUGUGCACGACUCAUUUUAAGUUCUGUUGGACCUGAGUUGGCCGGGCUCGAGGAUUUAGAUCAUUACGGUCGGACACCCCUUCUAUGCGCUGCUGUUAAUGGACAAUGCAAUGCAAUCGAACUGUUACUCGAGUGGAAAGCGAAUGUUCGUGCCGUUGAUGCCAAUAAGAAUACAGCGUUGCACUUAGCUUGUCAAAGACGCCAUUCCGCUGCUGCUUUACUUCUUUUAGAUUGGAUUGCUUCAAUUAGUUGCUUAGAAAAUGCUCAACAAUUGCAACAACAACGUGUAGCAGUAAUUAAUAUGACUAACAAACAACAGAGAACACCCUUGCACUUGGCAGCAAGAAAUGGUCUUGUAAGGGUAACACGAAAAUUGCUUGAAUUAGGAGCAAGUGUUAUCGCUAUAGAUGCUGAGGGUCUUACUCCAGCACUUGCAUGUGCUCCAAGUCCAGCGGUAGCUCGUUGUUUGGCUACUAUACUUGCUGCUCAUGGUCAACAUUGGGAAACAACUCAACAUUCACCGUCUAUACAACAAACGUCAGAAGUUUAUUUGAAUGGAAGAAGUGGGGAUUCACAACACAGUUCAGAUUCAGAAUUCUACUGACAGCAGGUAACACGCUUAGACCAUCAAGCGUAUCAAGAUAUAAAUGCUGGUUCUAUUCAUGGUGACAUUGAAACUGCCAGACUACUUUGGGCAAGCUGUUGGCUUUUUUCAAUUUUUGCAUAAUAAUUCCCUCACCCCGCCCCAGUUGUUGAAAGUAGGCAAUACCGAUGUGAUAGUUAGUCUCAAACAAAUAAUGAUCAUGACAAUACCCGCAUUUACCCUAUUGAAACAUUGAAUCUACUCAUUUUACACAUAGUUAAUAAUGGUAACUAUUGAUAAAAACAAAUACUCUUUAAUUUUUCGAAAGAAACACCAAUGAUUAUGUCUUAAAAUUUGAAUGAUAAAAUUUUUGUUAAUGAGAAAAACAACAAACAUUAAUAGGAAUUAAUUUAUAUGCGUUGUACAAACAAUAAUUCUAAAAUAUCCUACGAAACAACAUUUUAUACGAGCAAAACCAAGCAAUUAUAUUGUCAAAUGGUUUGAAUAGUUCAAGAAUUUUGAAACGGCUAGUUUAAGAUUAAGCUAAUCAUGUGCCAGAUGUGGCUAAUAAGAAAAUAUUUUUUAAAGUAGUUAUUAUAUUUUCCUAAUUUUUAGAUAAAAUUAUUAUCGAUUAUCAAGUAAAAAAAAAAUGAUAAUUACUCUAUAUAUAUAUAUCUUAUCAAACGUGUAUAUUUACAAGUGACAUAACAAAGGCAGUGUUGUUGAGAUCAAGGAAAUAUUGAUGAUGCAUCAAAAACAAAAAAAAGGUAAACGAAAAAAAAGAAAAAAGAAUAAAAUUUGUCAAAAAUUGUAAAAUAAUAAUUAUUUCGGAUAUGUAUUAUUGCCUAUAUUUACUAAAAUAGAUAAAAUAAACAACUUU